GAUAAAUUUUAUCUCACCGUUGGAAUCGGUGUUAAUCGCCUUGGGAUCCGAGAACCUGCAUGGAAUUAAUUCUGGCACAUUAUACGUCAUCAAGAAUGGCGAACUCAGCAGCAGAUGCUUCAUGAACUUCAAAAAUUCCGGCUAUAUUUAGCCGGAGACCUUCUUCGGCUUCACACUGAAACCGAUGGAAAUUCCCAGGUUACAUUAUCAGCGCGAAAUUCUGUUUGAAAAUCUUCGAAAAAGCUUCCAAGGUUUUUUGUUGUUGCUUUGAUGACAUAAUUGAAUAAAGCAUGUCAUACCUUCCAGCGUAUGUGUUGGUCAGCUUGUUCCUGCUAUUCAAUGUAUACUUGGCAGCACUGGCGGAAAUUUCAGGGCAUCUCAACAGGGGUGUCAAGAUUCCACACCCAACAACCGUCGCAGAAUUAAAUGACAUUGUUCCUUCCUUGAAGAGAUUAGCGGGGCAAAACCCAUCUUACGUGGCUCUGCUGAUCUCCAGCGCAAUUGUGUAUUCGCGGGCAUUUUGCAUGCCAAGCAACCUCCUUUUGAGAUACGCUGCUGGAGCCGUGUUUCCGACCAAAAUUGCGCUACCACUCGUUUCGGCAGCAUUAACUUGCGGAAGCGCGUGCAGUUAUUUUUUGGCACUGCAUUGCGUGAAGCCAUUGCUUCUCGAUCAAUUUCAGGAGAGAAUAGACUUCAUGCGACGACAUGUUCAGAAGAACCCAAGAGCAGCAGUUUUCCUCAUCACGGGCCUCACGAUUUUCCCGCUGUCGCCGACGUAUCUAAUCAACAUCCUGUCACCUUUAUUGGAUGUUCCUGUUGGACACUUCGUCGUUUCUGCUUUCUUCGGGAGUCUUCCAGAAGCCGUUUUUCUGGUGGACUGUGCCAAAGACCUACCUGACAUCGAACAUACUCGAGAUUUCCUGACAACGACGAAAGUUGCGUUGAAUAUGCUACUCGGAAUGGCCAUCAUCCUUCCAGGUGUUUGGCUCGGAACUUGCCAAAUCUCGUCAUCAUCAACCAACGCUGAUGCUUGCAGAAUUACUUUGCCGACCUUGAUGAGGUCAGCAUCGACAGAGAGUGAUAUUCGACGGCUGAUCGCGUCGGACCUUAUGGGUCAAUCCACUCACGACCCUAGGGAUUCUCUCAGGAUUCGAAGGCCUUCGAAGCAUUCUGCGCAAUUUCCUGUUGCUGAGAUUCGAAAUUAAACUCACAAAUUAUUUCUAUCAGCACUCUCUGAUUCAUUGUUGAUGCUCAUGAAAAGAAAUAAGAGGUUUUCAAAAUUGAUAACAUA